AUGAAGAACGGUCUCUUAAUUAUAAUGAGCAUUAGCCUGGCUAUAGGAAUCUGUGGAGGUCCUUUGUUAGCUCGUCUCUACUACAUCAAUGGCGGAAACAGAAUCUGGUUCACGAGCUUUCUAACAACCGCAGGUUGUCCAAUUAUCCUCAUCCCUCUCUUCUUCUCCUUCCUCCGCCGCCGACGCAGCAACCGCAACAAGAACCAAGUAAACGCAGAAAAAACAAAGAUUGUCCUCAUGAAAACUCCUCUGUUCAUCGCAUCCAUCGUCAUAGGGCUUCUCACAGGAGUUGACAACUACUUAUACGCAUACGGGUUAAAGUUUCUGCCAGUUUCAACAUCAUCACUCAUAAUCGGAGCUCAAUUAGCUUUCAAUGCUAUCUUCGCUUACUUCAUGGUCAAGCAAAAGUUCACUCCUUUCUCGAUAAACGCCGUCGUUUUGUUGACGGUUGCCACGGGAGUCCUGGCCUUACACGGCGACGGAGACAGGCCGGCUAACGUGACCUACAGAGAGUAUGUGGUUGGGUUCCUCUUGACUGUGGUUGCAGCUGUUCUCUACGCUUUUAUUUUGCCGCUCGUUGAGCUCACUUACAAGAAAGCUCGACAAGAAAUCACUUUCACAAUUGUACUGGAGAUUCAGAUGGUUAUGUGCGUCGCUGCUUCUUGCUUCUGUCUUGCCGGGAUGCUUGUAAAUGGCGACUUCAAGGUUAUACCGAGAGAAGCAAGAGAGUUCAAGAUCGGAGGAGCUAUGUUUUACUACACGUUGAUUGUAAUCACAGGGAUAAUCUGGCAAGCAGCAUUCUUGGAAUCCAUCGGGGUUGUGUUCUGUGCGUCGGCUCUAGCUUCCGGUGUUCUCAUCAGUGUUCUGCUUCCGGUGACGGAGGUUUUGGCCGUCGUUUGUUUCCGGGAGAAGUUUCAGGCGGAGAAAGGUGUCUCUCUCCUUCUCUCUAUCUGGGGAUUCGUCUCUUACUUCUACGGCGAGUUCAAAUCCGGCAAAAGAAUCAUCGAUAAUUCUCAGCCUCUUCUUGAGACAGAGUUGCCUCCACUUCCAGUUACUGAUUCAGUUGGUUAA